CGCAAAUAAUCGCACCGUGGACCGCCGGACUGGUACUGCUAACUGUGCAGUUGCCUUGAAUCACCCCCGGAAUCCUCCGUGGCCAGAUAAUCGUCUUCGGCGCAGCCUUCGCACCCGUCCAGGCAAGGGCCACAACUAUCCCUUGUAGUCGAGAGCCGUACAUUACCGCCAAAAUGAGUCGCCGCGAUUUCCUUUCGAUGCCUGCGCCCGAGAAUUAUGUGGCUGGUCUGGGUAGAGGUGCUACGGGUUUCACGACUCGAAGCGAUCUCGGACCAGCUCGUGAGGGCCCGUCUGAGGAGCAGAUGAAGGAGAUGCUAGCAAAGCGCGCUGCAUCACUCGGUCAGGCCGCUCCAUCUGCAUACGGUGUCACCGAAAAGAAGGAGGAAGAGAGAGAUGAGGAUGAGGAUCGUUUCCAGGACCCCGACAACGAAGUCGGUCUCUUUUCCAGUGGCAUGAACUACGACAAGGACGACGACGAGGCGGACCGCAUAUACCAAGAGGUUGACGAGAAGAUGGACAAACGGCGUAGAGCCAGAAGGGAAGCUCGAGAGCAACAAGAACGCGAAGAAUACGAACGAAACAACCCAAAGAUCCAACUCCAGUUCGCCGACCUAAAACGAGCCCUGGGUGGCGUAUCCGAAGAAGAAUGGGCAGCCCUACCAGAGGUUGGAGAUAUGACGGGUAAAGCAAAGCGUGCGCGCGAAGCCCGUAUGGCGAAUGCGAGAUCGUACGCCGUUCCGGACAGCGUGCUAUCUGCUGCGUCAAAGAGUGGCGAGCUCGAUACAUCGAUAUCCACAAACGACGCCGAUGGCAUGACGACAAACCUCGCCAGUAUCGGUGCGGCCCAACUUUCUGCGCUGACCGUACGACUCGAUUCAGCAGCAAGUACACCCGGCACUCAGACCUCUACGACAUCUGGCACAUCAACAUCAGUAGACCCCAAGGGAUAUAUGACCGCUCUAAGUAAGAAGGAAGCCAUGGGCGAAGAAGUACCAGUCGAAGACAUCAACCGCGCUCGUGUCCUGUUGGAGUCAGCUGUCAAAACUAAUGUCCACAAUGGACCAGGAUAUGUCGCGCUAGCACGACUAGAAGAGGUGGCUGGAAAAAUUCACACAGCCAAGAAGGUCAUUGCACGAGGAUGUGAGCUUUGCCCCCGAUCUGUUGUGGUGUGGGAGGAGGCAAUCCGGUUGAACCGCGACAAUCUACACAACGCAAAGAUUAUCGCUGCAAGUGGCAUUAAACAAAACACCAAGGCGGUCAAGCUGUGGCAAGCGGCUAUCGAGCUAGAGCAGACUCCUGCUGCCCGAAAGAAGGUCACUCGACAAGCUCUGGACCACAAUCCUCAGAGUGUGGAGCUGUGGAAAACGCUCAUCAACGACACGGAAGAGUUGGAUGCUGUGCGACUUUUGUUCGCCAAAGCGACCGAGACUGUUCCGCUAUCUGAAGAGCUAUGGAUCUCAUACGCUCGUGUGUCGGAGCCAGAGGCGGCGCAACAGAUUCUCAACAAAGCCCGCAAAGCCAUUCCCACUAGCUGGGCCAUCUGGAUACACGCUUGCCGGCUCCAGGAGGAGCUUGGAAAAGUAGAAAUGCUUGACACAAUCAUGACUCGAGCUGUAAAGUCGCUCAUCAAAGAGAAUGCCAUGAUCAAGCGAGAGGAGUGGAUCACACAAGCAGAGAUUUGCGAAGAGCAAGGAGACAAGGGAACAGCAACUGCAAUCAUCAAAGCAACUGUUGGGUGGGGUCUUGAUGAGGACGACGAACGCCGAGAUAUAUGGCUCGAGGAUGCAAGAAGCGUUUUGAACCGAAACAAACCAGAGACUGCUAGAGCCAUCCUGGGAUUCGCAGUUGCCGUCUUCCCCUACAGCACGACAGUCUGGCAUGCCUUUGCUGACCUUGAGAAGCAUCACGGUACGAUGGACUCACUUCUAAGCGUCCUAGAACGCGCAGUCAAUGCCUGUCCGACCUCCGAGUCACUAUGGCUACUGUACGCUCGAGAGAUGUGGCAAUCGGGAGAUCCUGAAGGCGCCCGCAAGGUCUUGGGUCGGAGUUUCGAGGCUCUGCCGGGUAACGAAAUGCUGUACACUCGCGCUGUUGACUUUGAGGUAGACGCUGGCAACUACGAACAGGCCCGUAGCUUCCUGCAGGUAGCUCGUGAAUCCGCAGCUACAGACCGCAUCUACAUGAAGUCUGCUGUGCUUGAGCGACAGCUAGGAAACUACGAGACAGCCAUUGAUAUUUGCAACCAAGGCCUACAGAACUGGCCCGGCAGCUGGAAGCUCCACGCAAUCAAAGGCCAGGUUUACGAGCAGCUGUCCAAACUCCCCGAAGCCCAUGAGGCGUUCAACAUUGGCACUCGUGCGGCCCCCAAAGCACCGGUUCUGUUCCUCCUUCUCUCCCGGCUACAAGUCAAGCAAGGCGCGAUAGUCAAAGCGCGCUCGACGCUCGACCGCGGCCGCCAGCAGAACCCCAAGAGCGAGCAGAUUCUCCUCGAACAAGUGCGUCUGGAGCGCCGGCAAAACAACACGAGCGCAGCGCAGCAACUCAUGGCGGGCGCGCUGCAGCAAUGCCCCAACUCGGGGCUUCUCUGGGCCGAGAAAAUCAUGCACCUCGAAGGCCGCACGCAGCGCAAGCCGCGCGCCCUCGAAGCCAUCAAGAAAGUCGAAAAAGACGCCCUGCUCUUCGUCGUCGUCGCCCGCAUCUUCUGGGCCGAGCGCCGCCUCGACAAGGCGGCUACCUGGUUCGUCAAGGCCGUUACCCUCGACAGCGACUUUGGCGACGCUUGGAUCUGGUACUACAAGUUUCUGCUGCAGCAUGGCACCGACGAGAAGAAGCAGGAUACCCUGAGUAAGGCCGCGCUUGCCGAGCCUCGCCACGGCGAGAUUUGGCAGGCGGUCGCCAAGGAUCCGAAGAAUGCGCGGAAGAGCGUAGAGGAGAUUUUGAAGAUUGCCGCUGAGAUUGCCGAGUAGACGUGUUAGGAAUGCAGGUCAAGUAGGGUGGGUUCUGAAUGAAUUUUUUUGUCUUGCAACUAGGCUUUUGGGAAAUGCUGAUAGCUAUGGAUAGCUAUGGAUGGAAUGAAUCAUCGCUUUUUCGCUUCGUGAGAUGAUAGUCGUAUCGUCACUAGAUUUCUGGAAACCGUAGUGUCAUGGUUCCAAAGCAACAGGCGAAUAUCUCGUAGGAAAAAUAAAUGG